GCUGCCCCUCUGCUGCCGGGGCUGCUACACGGCCCCCCUCCUUCCCUCCCUCCCUCUCCCCCGCCCCCGCCGGGCCCCCCUCCGCCCCGUCCCCAGCGCCGCCGCUUCCACAAGAUGGCGGGGACCGUGGCCGAGCGGGACGCGCUGAAAAUAGAGGACGGGCAUUUAAACAACUCCCUGGGAUCCCCGGUGCAAGCUGAUGUGUACUUCCCUCGCUUGAUCGUCCCCUUCUGUGGGCACAUCAAAGGAGGAAUGAGGCCGGGAAAGAAGAUCUUAGUUAUGGGCAUAGUGGACCUCAACCCCGAGAGCUUUGGCAUCAGCCUGACUUGUGGGGAGUCGGAAGAUCCUCCUGCGGAUGUGGCUAUUGAGCUGAAAGCCGUGUUUACAGACAGACAGUUUGUCAGAAACUCUUGUGUGGCCGGAGAAUGGGGGGAAGAGCAAUCGUCUAUUCCUUAUUUUCCAUUUAUACCGGACCAGCCUUUUAGGGUCGAGAUACUUUGUGAGCAUCCCCGUUUUAGAAUAUUUGUGGAUGGACAUCAGCUCUUUGAUUUUUACCACCGUAUUGAAACACUGUCAGCAAUUGACACGAUAAAGAUAAAUGGAGAUCUUCAGCUUACGAAACUUGGCUGAGCUUGUUAGGACUGCAGAUUCCAAACCGGCUCAAGUGCCAUCGUCCGUUUGGAGAAGUGACAGCCGGCUCUGGACACAGCUAUGGUAGGAAGGCUGCCUCGUUCCUUUUCUGCAUGCAGUUCUUCACUCCUGUGCCGAUGAACUGGGCUGUUGUUUAUCCUAAUGAAGAACACUGUUGGUUAAUAGACAUUGAGCCGUUUUUCUUGGAUCAAAAUAGCUCACCUGUGCUGGAUAAUCAAAUUGGAAUGAAUUCAGAAAGACUUGCAGUCUUGUUUCAAAUAUCACAGAAAGGCAAUUUCUGAAAUGCAGCGCUAAAACCUGUUCCUGAACAGCAGUGACACACACAUACACACAAAAAAAAGUUUUUCUUUUUCAAAUAUUGUUUCUGCACUGAAGUGGAGUAGUGUAGCACAACACAGGGCCACGUGCUGACGUCCUUACCUGGGGCCUGAGCGUGGUUCCGUGGAAAUCAAUGGCAAAACUCCCACUCACUUUAAUGGAGUACAAUUAAACUGUCUAGUCCUUAGUCAAGCACAAUUCCCACUGAUUUCUAUGGGAUUUUCUGCACACGCCUGGGGGCCAGCUCUUCUGCUGGUGUAAAUCAGCAUUACCUCCGUUGGCUUGCAAUGGAAUUUUGCUGAUAGCUCCCAGCCGCUGAUUUGGCCCAAGGACUGUGCAAAAACUGAAUGGGGGUGUGAGGACACAGCCUGUAUAUUUUAGUCAGGGUAUUUGCAUAGAAUGUAGAUCGUUACAAGUUUUUGCACAAUGUAUUGUUAAUACAAUUUUUAAAGCUUAUCUGUAGUUUAUUUAUUUAUACUCAUUGUAUGUAUUAUUAGUAAAAAUGAACAAUCUUACUGAUGGUUAAGGACAGCAAAGUGUAAACAUUUUGAAUGUACAAAAUGUCUUAGAUUCUUUGGGUAAACUUUUCAUAUCAUUCUUGAAAAAUCAUGUUUCCUAUCGAACAUUUAGUUACAUUUUAAUGGAGCCCUCUAGGCCCUGGGAAAAUGCGGGCACGGUAGUUGGUGGGGGUGGGAGGAACUCUGCAUAUUCACUAGAAACUGUUUUUCAGGGCUUACUAACUUUGCUGCACAGGAUAGGUUUGAGUUAAAGUCGAUCUGUUUUAAAAACUUUAACAGCAAAUUUGUAGGUUUAACUGCGCUUUUAUAACUUGAGAAAAAGUUACAUUUGGCAGUCUCUUAGUUCAGAAAGAGAACCAGCCUCUUUCCAAGGGAGAUGGGAGAUUUUUUGCACUUGUUUGAGAACAUAUUCGGCCUUUGAUAUGACAAUUAAAACUUGUCUAGACAGCCAAGUUAUUAAUGCUUGAAAAUCAGCUACUGCACAUGAAUAAUAACUUUUCAAGUAGCUUUUUAAAUAGUAGGUAUAGCUGUAUAAACACAGUCAUUGCGCUACACUAUAAAUGAACACAGCCACUUUUCUUGACUUCUUUAGGACUAAAUACACUUUUUUUCCUUGGCUGCUCACAAUAGACUAUAGCAGGUCUUUCUGAGUAGUUAUAAUCGUGAUAUAAACAUAUAUUUAGGCAAUUUUGAAAACAUGUAAUAUAGGGACUUUCUAAGACACAGAAUACAAAAACAUCCUUUGUAGCACAGUAUUUAAAAAAAAAGAAAAAAGAGAGAGAGAAGGAUCUCACAAACAGAACUAUGUUAAACCUGCAAUAAAGCUGUGGUUUAAAGCAACCAGAACUGGAAUGUCCAAAGUUAAGGGUAGAACGCCAGUUGUAAAGCCUCAUUUUGCGCUAAUUUGGCCUGCAGUUAAGAAGCCUUAGACUGCAAGCUGAAAUUCCAACUGUGGCCCUAGUCCAAAGCCUGUUGAGGUCAAUCAGAGUCCUCUGAGCACAGAAGCCUGAUUCUUAUUUCAUGCAAGUGCAAAUCUCUUUGUAAAGCCAGGGAGGUGGUGUUGCUGCUGCAGAUGAGUUAAGAAUCAGGCUGCCAGCUACAAAAUAGAAGUUUAAAAUGGAAUUUUUAGCCUUAACAUUGACAUUCCCUGACUUUUCCUCCUUUUUCCAAAUUAAGAGAGAACCUGUUGUUUUCCAGAUGAUCUUUUUAUCUGGUGUGUGGCUUUUAAGUUGUAUAUCAGAUUCUAUUUGUACUCCAGAUUGAAUCUUGAUAAGAAAUGUUCCUAUCUUGCUCUGUUUUUACUCUUUUACAUGAUACAUAAUGACUGUGUCAUUUUCCGUUGUAUAAAGAAUGCUGACAGUGUUUCGGUACAAAAUAUAUUCUUAAAAAUUAUGAUGACGAUAAUAAAAAUCCAAGGGAAAGGUGCUUCUA